AAAUGACCCAAUUAACAAGUAUGUCAACAUGAACUAUUCUAAGAAAAUAUGUAUUUUUCUGGACAACGAAGCUUUGAUAUAAAGUGAAUGAUGUUGGGAUUUAAAAAGCUGAAUUUUAUACAUAGAUGGUGCUAAAUUGAACUACUUACCCUGAAAGAUGAAAGAAAACGAGGAGUCACCACCAUAUAAACUGAUGGAGAAUAUUCCAUUUCAGCAUGUGUCAAUGAGCAUGUAUUACAAACUCGCUAACAAACUUGAUCCAGAUAGCUCAGUCGUUGGCAAUAAUUGGCGCUUGUUAGCAGAGAAAUUGGGAUACUCGACUGAAAAUAUAUUUGUAUUUGAAAGUCAGCAGUCACAGCAUGGAAGAAACACAAUAAAAGUUCUUCAAGAUUACAAUCAGAAACAGGGUAGUACGGUUAAUGAUGUAUUCAGGGCAUUAGAAGAAAUUGACAGACCAGAUGCUCUUGAUGAACUUAUAGAAGGAUUACCAGAAAUUCAGAAAACGUACCGAGAAAGUUUAAAGAAGAAACAUCGUCACAGAGAUCUCAUUGAGGACGACUAUAUCUGUUCUUCAUGUGACGAUAUGCCUUACUCAGGCGAGACGUUCCCGUCUUACGCUCAAAGUCAUCAUAAAGCAAUGAUGUCACCUGGAAACAGUUACGGAAUGUUUUCGAGAAAUCAACAGAUCCCAGGAUCUUCUCCUGGGAAAAAUUACCAAAGACACAAAAGUUUUGAUCCCCAGUGUGUGAAUUCAAGACUGCCAGGUUAUGAACAUGAAAGUCCAGACUUUAAGCGACAGCGCUCGAUGCCUUUGUCAGACAGCCUGAUGGUUCGUGGACAUGAUAGUCAUUCACAGUACUAUCGAGAAAUGGAACCGAUGGAUCAUUCUCCUUCAGUCCGAGAAGAUCCAGUCCCACCAGCUGUGGCUAUGAUGCGUGGCAUGCCUCGAUAUAAUAAUCAACAUGGGCUACCACCUAUGAACUCAACAGUUCACAGCAAAGACUCAGAAGCUCUCUUCAGACAACCUUACAGUCAGUUUGGUCGCCAGACAGAAAGAGCCGGUCUGAAAUUGGAAAUUCCUUCUCCAUCAGAUAUGUUCAACCGGCAAAGAUCUGCAGAUUUCUGCAGCCCUAGUCCAACACCAACAACACCAUCAACACCCCUAGGUCACUUACAGAAACUGGCAAACGAGAGACAGUUUCAGCCGGAAGACGGUUAUAAAGACCUCAUGAAGUUAAAACACGAUGAGGAAUUACUCCAGGGUAAAGCUGGACACAUGGAGUCUCCUGACAGAAUGAUGGAAUUUAUGUCUCAACAGAAUUCUGGUAUGGUCAGUCCUGGUCACCAUGGAGACGGUCAAAGUCAUAUGAGGUUAAGUCCUAGAACUAGCGGCCCACCAAAUACAUUCCCUUUAAGACUGAAGUCAUCAUCAAAUUCAUCAUCCACAUCACCUACAGGAAGUUCCCAACAGCUGACAAAGUCAGCAUCUGUACCCAGCAAUAUGAAACCAGCAGAAUUUAGAAAAGCAUUUCGGCAUAUAAAAGUGUUUGUUACAUAUGCUGCAGACGACAAGAAACAUACACAGCGUGUGUUGAGUUUGUGUAAAUGUCUAGAGAAGAAUGGUUUUACAUGCUGUGUUGAUAUUUUCCAUCGGAAAUUACCCAUUGAAGAGCGGCAUAAUUGGUACCAGAAUAGAUUUGACGAGGCUGACUUUAUACUGGUUGUAAUGUCGCCAAAGUACCGUAUGGAAGCAGAUUCCUGUGAAAUGGAAAAUGAUGCUGAUGACUCGGACAGCGUUGACAGUGAUGGAGAAAAUGACUUAAAUGUUCGGCCGUACCGACUUCACACCAAAAAUAUAUACAGACUUAUGUAUCGGGAAUAUGUCCAGAGCGGCCAGAGAUGUAUGCGAUUUGUGCCAUUAAUUUUUCCUGGAAUGACCCAAGACAUAAUUCCUGCUUGGAUGUUGGACAAUUACAAUGGUUUGUUUUAUUACUGGCCUAAACAAUAUAAAGAUUUGUUAUGGAUGUUAACGAAGCCAGAGAAUCGUGUGCCAGAACAUCUUACGCCGCCUAUAAGCAGAAGUGUUCAAGAUAAUGAAAGUCCGGUUACAAAUUCUUCAGAAACUAAUGUUGAAUCAGAAUGAUCUGCUCCAUUGGUACUAAUAAGGAGCAGUUUACAUGGAAAAAAAAUGGAAAGGAACUAUUGAAUACUGUUUUGUUAAGUAGGGCGUAGAUUUUGUUACUGUUGUUUAACACAAGGGCAGAAACUAUUUAUUCCUGGUAAAAAUGAUUGCAGUUAGUGGUUUAGUUAUGUUUAAUGAAGUGACAAGAUUUUAGGCAAAUGUCCCAUUGUUAGUCAUUUUUAAACAAAUUGUGAUAUUGUCCGUAAAGUGUUCUUGUAGUCUGUUGUAGAUAUAUUAAAAAACUAAUUGUGUCAUACCAAAAUUGGAACUCUUUACCAAAGUUUUUGUAAAGUAAUUGCCAUAAUGUGACAGUCUGUGUAGAUAAUUAGAACAUGAUUAUGUAAAUUUAGUUAAAUUUUGAUAUGAGAUGAAGAGACUGGUUUAAUCUUUCUCUUUAAAGUAUUUCUUUAAUUUUCUUUGCUCUUUUUCUUUGGAACUUAUUUAUUCUUAAUAAUUCAACUUGAAGACUUCUUUCCAUGGUCCCCUUGAUUGGUUUGUACAAACCUUGAUCAGUUUUCAGCUCACCUGAGCAAUGCUCAGGUGAGUUUUUGUGAUCGCUCGAUGUCCGGCGUCUGUCUUUCUGUCAACAUUUAGCUUGUGUAUGCAAUGGAGGCUGUAUUUUUCAACUGAUCUUCAUGAAAUUUUGUAAGAAUGAUAACCUUGAUAAAAUCUAGGCCAAGUUCGAAAAGCGGUCAUCUGGGGUCAAAAACUAGGUCACUAGGUCAAAUUAUGGAAAAAUCUUGUGUAUGCAAUAGCGACUGUAUUUUUCAAUUGAUUUUCAUGAAAUUUAGUCAGAAUGAUUUCCUUGAUGAUAUCUAAAUCGAGUUUGAAUAUGGGUUAUCUGGGGUCAAAAAGUAGGUCAGUAGGUCAAAUCAAAGAAAAACCUUGUGUAUAUGAUAGAGGCUGUAUUUUUCAAUUGAUCUUCAUGAAAUUUGGUCAGAACAAUUGCCUUGGCAAAAUCUAGACCAAGUUCGAAUAUGGGUCAUCUGGGUUCAAGAACUAGGUCACUAGGUCAAAUCAAAGAAGAACCUUGUGCAUGCGGUAGAAGCCGUAUUUUUCAAUUGAUCUUCAUGAAGUUUGGUCUGAACGAUUGCCUUAGUAAAAUCUAGGUUGAGUUUGAAUAUGGGCCAUCUAGGGUAAAAACUAGGUCACUAGGUCAAAUCAAAGAAAAACCUUGUGUAUGCGAUAGAGGCUGUAGUUUUCAAUUGAUCUUCAUAAAAUGAUGUCAGAAUGAUUGCCUUGAUGAAAUCUAGGUCAAGUUUGAAUAAGGGUCACCUGAGGUAAAAAACUAGGUCACUAGGGCAAAUCAAAGAAAUACCUUGUGUAUGCGAUAGAGACUGUAUUUUUCAAUUGGUUUUCAUGAAAUUUGGUCAGAAUGAUUACCUUGAUGAUGUCUAAAACAAGUAUGAAUAUGGGUUAUCUGGGGUCAAAAAGUAGGUCACUAGGUCAAAUCAAAGAAAAACUUUGUGUAUACGAUAGAGGCUGUAUUUUUCAAUUGAUCUUCAUGAAAUCAGGUCAGAAUGAUUGCCUUGGCGAAAUCUAGGCCAAAUUCGAAUAUGGGUCAUCUGGGGACAAGAACUAGGUCAAAUCAAAAGAAAAAGCUUGUGUAUGUGAUAGAGGCUGUAUUUUUCAAUUGAUCUUCAUAAAAUUACGUCAGAACGAUUGCCUUGAUGAAAUCUAGGUUGAGUUUGAAUAAGAGUCAUCUGAGGUCAAAAACUAGGUUACUAGGUCAAAUCAAAGAAAAACCUUGUGUAUGCAAUAGAGACUGUAUUUUUCAAUUGGUCUUCAUGAAAGUUGGUCAGAAUGAUUGCCUUGAUAAAAUCUAGGGUCAAAAACUAGGUCAUAUCUAAGUAAAUACUUGUUUAAACUCAAGAGACCACAUUUUGUUAAUGAAAAUUGGCAAGAAUAUUUGUUUCCAUGAAAUCACUGGGACAUACAUAUUUACACUGUUACGGUGUGUUUCUCAGGUGAGCGACCUAGGGCCAUCUUGGCCCUCUUAUUAGCUUGUCUGACCUUUGAAAAAACUCUACGAGGUAUUGUCAUAACUUGAUCGUCGAUGUCGGCAUCUGUGUUGGUUAAAAGUUUUGUUUAGGUCACCUUUUCUCAAAAACUAUUAGAGCUACAGCUUUGAAACUUUGCACAUUUGUUUAUCAUCAUUAGGGUACAAUGUAGCUUAAGAACCAUAACUCUAACAUGCAUUUUGUCAGAAUUAUGCCCUUUUUAUACUUAGAAAAUCUGAACUAUAGCUCUUUUCUUACAUAUUGUCCAGUACUUGCAGAUGAGCAGUGGCACCUGUAGGAGUGCUCUUGUUUAAAGAUAUUUCUGUUCAAAAUGACCUGCCAUAAACAACCGCUUGAUUUUGACUAUGAAUAUACCCAACAUGUCAUACACCAAAGUUCAAACCAGUACUUUAUGUAAAAAGUCUAAGAUGGAUUGUAUAAGGCAGAUGUUGCAGCAUUUUGCACUCUACGCAUGUGAGUAAUGGAAAUUUGGCUGUAUAGAAAUAUGUGACAAAUAUCUUGCCAACUUUGUGGCAGGAUUCGAGGGCUGAAUGGAAACUGUUGUAACUCACAGAAUUGUUAAAAGAAAUUACAUCAAUUUUCUGUCCUUUGAUUUGUGGUACCUGAAAUAUUUGUUUUCUUUUUGGAAAGAAUUUCCCAGGGUUACACGUGUCACCAUUUUGCAGUGCAUGAAACCAUGUAUACAUAUGGGCUGUUCAUGACAAAACCUAUAUUAGUGACAAAAAUUCAAAAUUGAGAUAACAAAAUAUUCAUGAAGAACAUUCUUCAUCAUUUCAAGACUUUUAAUGCAUUUAAGUAAGUCACUAAAGACACUUAGAGACGGAAUGUUUAUAUCGACAUGAAAACACUUUGAUGUUGUCAUGCAUGGCAUGUAUUUUUCAUUACAUUUGUGUCAUAAAUUAUGUGUAUCACUAACUAAACAUACAUUUGAAUGUUUAGAAAUAGUUUAAAAUGAGAAUUUUUACUUACAUUGCUGGCAUUUUAACUAAACACCUCUAUAUUUUCAAGGUGCAUGGGUGUUUUGGAAUUUCUGUUGCCAUGACAACACAAAGAACAUUUAUUUGUAUAAUGUGGUAGAAUUUGAUUUGCCUUAGAUAACUGAAUUACAAUAUACUAGCUUCUGCAUUUAUUUUGCAAUUAUCAUGAUCAUUAUGUCACUAAUACAGGAUUUCUCUUGGAACGGCCAAUAUUUCAAAUCGCUGGUGGGGCCUAUGUUUAAAGCUGUUCUUUACUGUUUUAUCUUAUUAAUAUUAUAAUUGUUGUCUUUGUUAUACCUAUAUUUUGUAUGAUAUACUACAAUAGGAAAAUUAUUUGUUAGCUGUCGUGCUUUUUAACCCGGUGUGUGAAAACGCACAAUCGAAAUAACACAGUUCAAAAUUAUCUGUGAUAUUGUGUCAAAGACAAGAACUAUUUUUAGAAUUUAUUGACAGAGAUGUAAUUUCAACAGAAAUAUGUCAGAUUAUAUCAAGAAUCAAUAUUUUUGCUCAAUUUUUAUUAAAUCACCUGUUACAGCUAUUACACAUUGUAAAGUGUUUAACUUAGAAUAUUGUAAAGUCUUUAACGUUAAAUAUUGUGUAGUCUUUAAUUCAAAAUGAUAGAGUACACUUAAUAACUUUUUUAACUCCACACAUGGAUUUUUUUCUCUUCCAAAUAUUGAUGAGUUGCAGCGAAAAUUGGACACAACAUUUCAUGAUUAUUUAAAUAAGACAUAACAGUCAUAACAGUCAGACAUAAAUUCAUUGAGCCCUAACAGUGAUAAUAAAUUACCUCUAAAGUCAGGAGACAUAAUAAACGAAACUGAAUUCCUAACGAAUACUCUACACUUAGAAUGUGUGGAAUUGAUGAGAUUCGUAUUUUAUAUAUAGUUUUUUUCCACUCUAUUCAGUUGCAGUGGAAUAUCUGUCAAUAUUUUCAAUGUUUAUAUGUAAAUUUUAUGUCAGGUAUGUGACAUCACUAAUGAUACCAUAUUAAUGGAUGCCAUGGUAUAUAGUUCAUUUAUUUUUAAUUUUGCUCAGUCGAACAAACAAAAUGUGUUUCAUUUUGAUAAGUUAAAAUGUGACAGAAAGAUCAUUCGCUUUGCAUCAAGAAAUGUGAUUAGUUAUUUUAUGGGUUUAUAUUGAGCCCCUAAGUUGUGGUAUAACCGCACCCUACUGAACUCAUGGAUAUUUUGACAAAAUGUACACUUGUGGAAUAGUAUUCCUUGUCUGAAAAAGGAUGUUUUUUAGCACUUGGUGAUUAUAUAUUAAGGUUGUUGCAAAAUUUUUA